CUUUAUGACUUUGACAGGCAUACGGGAAAGAGCUUUAGCUGCUCGUUGCUGGUCGUUCCUUUUGUCCUGGGAUAUCCAACUCCCUUUUCCCUCCUUCCAUCCCCCAUCGACCUGUACGUACUCGCCCUUCAUUUCAUCGCUGACGACCAUAUCGAAUCUCGAAUCUCGAUCAAGAAAUCGGCUCGUCCUCUUCGACACGUUUCUCGUCUAUUCAUAACGUAAGGCUACAUAUAACCAUAAUCAUCCCCCAUGGACCGACACGGCUCGCCAGGCCUUGGCCCACGCAACGAUGGCGGAUCUCGAGUCCAAAAACCGGAUUCCAACUCCGACAAAGCAGCCAAGCUCGCCGCGCUGAAGGCCCGCGUAUCAGCAGCCAUAGGCACCACCAAGGCCAAAGGAGGGCUAAACGUGGGCCUGCAUCCGGCACUAGAAGACCUCGGACAGUGGAAGCCCGGCGGCAGCAAGGCCAACAACGACUCGAAAUCGAGCUCGCGCCACGACAGCGGGCGGGCGCCGCCGACGAAGAAGCAGGCGCUCGACCUGUCGGGCCCCUCGGCCGAGGAGAUCAAGAGCAACCCGUACUUCGACGCGAGCCUGGGGGCUCCCGGUGCGAAGCCGCGGCAGUCGCGCCACCUCGUCUUCAACCAGAAGGGCAAGUACAUCCAGCAGGCGAACGCGCUGCGGCGGCAGGCCGCGCUCGAGGCGCUGAAGAAGAAGAUCGCGGCCGGCACGCGCAAGGUCGGCAUCGACGAGGACAAGGACGUCGAGAAGAACUUUGUGGUCGACGCCCCGCCCGACAUCGAGUGGUGGGACGAAGGGUUGGUGGACGGGAAGAAUUACGAUGAUAUCGAGAACCCGAAGGCGCUGAAGAUCGAAUCCGCGGAUACGAUUGUUACGAGGUAUAUCCAGCACCCCGUCGCCAUCGAGCCGCCCCAGGACAAGAACGUGCCCCCGCCGAAACCCAUGUACCUCACCUCCACCGAGCAAGCGAAGCUGCGCCGCCAGCGACGAAUGGCCGACCUGAAAGAGGAGCAGGCCAAGAUCAGGCUCGGCCUGGUACCCGCGCCGCCGCCGAAGGUCAAGAAGGGCAACCUGAUGCGCGUGCUAGGCGAGGAAGCCGUCAAGGACCCGACGGCCGUCGAAGCGCGCGUGAACCGGGAGAUCGCGGACCGGCACGCGAAGCACGUGGAGCUGAACGAGGAGCGGAAGCUGACGAAGGAGCAAAAACACGAGAAGCUGGCGGCGAACCAGGAGAAGGACGCGGCCAAGGGCCUGCACAUGCUGGUCUUCAAGAUCAACAGCCUGGCGAACGGCCAGCACCGGUACAAGAUCAACAUCAACGCGGACCAGCUCGCGCUCACGGGCCUCGUCAUCAUGCACCCGAAGCAGAACCUCGUCGUCGUCGAGGGCGGCGAGUGGUCCAUCAAGCACUACAAGAAGCUCAUGCUGAACCGCGUCAACUGGACCGAGAACCUCGCCUCGCGCGAGAAGGACGCCCAGAACGAGGCCCUGAAGCAGUGGCUCAAGGCCGAGAACGAGGACGGCGAGCUCAAGGACCUCGCGGAGAACCAGUGCAAGCUCAUCUUCGAGGGCGAGAUCAAGUCCCGCGCGUUUAGAAAAUGGGGGUCUAAGGUCUGCGAGACGGAUAGCGAGGCGAGGGAGGUGCUGUCCAAGUCCAAGAUGGAGAAUUUUUGGAACCUCGCGAAGUCCACGCAUUAAGGUAAUUAGUAAAUCGCGCUGUUAGACUAGGAAGAUUGUAAUAAAAAUAUCAGGAUGUAAAGAAUCGG